AUGGACAACAUCAGUGUCGAUGAGGUAGACACGAAACCGAAACGCCCACUUUUACGACGCGAGGGUUCGACGACGGCCCCCCCUCCGCCUCCAUCACAGCCACCACCAGCUCCGCCAACCCAACCAGAUCCUACAGAUUCUCUAAGUCUCCCGCAGCUGAGGCAGUUAGUAGGACAGUUUCCCAAAGCUGAACAGGCCCCCUACGCAUUUCAGUAUGAGGACGCCGAGGACUUUGAGCGCGAGAUUGACCAGUGGUUUCAUUACACCGAACUUGAACAGGAUCGACAGUAUCUGCUAGCCUCUUUAGAGGCUUUCGAACAGAGAUGGAAGUUUUUCUGCCAGUCAGAAUCCAUUUCCGACGACUCAAAAUGGACCGCUGUCAGCCAAGAGCAGCGAGUGAGAUUUGUGUCGGGUCUGGUUCAUGAUUUGGACGACGAAGAUUAUAGUCUGCGCGUCGAAGCCCUAUGCUGCAUCUACUACAUCUUGAUGGGUGCUUGGAGCACCACCUCUGGACUAGAGACGGAGGAGGCCGCCACCGAGGAAGAACUGUCGCAUCCCGAAGAUGACCGAUGCAAUAUUCCCCAGGUCCAGUGGAUGCACAAUGGCGUGGACAUUAUGGAGCAGAACUCGGUUAUUCCCCACCUUUACAGUUGCUUGAUUCAAGCAGCGAAGGCUCCCGACCUGUCACAUCCCCCAGAAGCGGCCAAUGGAGAGGAGACAACUGAGGGAGCUUUUGGCGAAAAUGAGUAUCGAGAGCUCAGCCUAUGCCUUUCUUGCUUCUAUAUUUUGAUCGAGUCAUCCCGGGUUCGGAUGGAGACAGCCGCUGGGCAGGCCCUACGACGUUCGAUCUCUUCCUUACACCCAAACUUCUUGGUCUUUCUUGUCGGCAUGAUUUCACGUUUACGAUGGGAUGAACUGUACAAUAUACCCCUUAUGCACGCAUUGCAAUUGUUCUGGAAGUCGAUCCUCCUGGUGUUUGGGGAUGUCUCGAAUCAUCUGGAAAAGGUCAAAAGCAUAUUGCAACCGCGUGUGGACCCAUUCUCUGCAGAAGCCGCCCACCCGGUUCUUACGGCGUCUCCUUUGGAUUACCACCUCUUUAGACAAGAAAUCACCUCAAAGUAUCCCGCAUAUAACCCGCCGCCACCCAUAAUACCCCUGGAGAUGGAGCAAAAAACCAUGCUUCCUCCACUGUCGAAUCAGUCUCGGAAUGACAUUCCCGGAUCUGUUGGAGCAAGCAUGAGCGGCGCGGCAACUCGAGGAUCGAUUCUUCACCAACCCGUUCACAUCGCCACGCCGGCACCUUCACCACCCCCGUCACCCAUUGGGCCUGGUGGAAAAGCUGGUAAGAAACAGAACUAUCAGACCAAUCAGAACUUUCCGUUCCUCUACCCGCCUCUAGACAGCACUAGCGACAAUAUUGGCGGCAAAGGCUCGACGAGAGUUCAGGAUAUGAUGGUGGGCAAGAAAUGGGAAGGCAGCGAUGUACCUCUUUCCAUUAUCGAAGCCGGAGAGCUGUUCGCUAGUCGUAUGAGGAUGACGCGAGCAAUGCGCCAACUUUGGAGGGAACGAGAUUUGUUUAUGAAGUAUGAAAGAGGGUGGAAAGGAGACACUAAGGAUGAGGCGAAAGAAGAGAAAGACGAAAGAAGCGAGGAGGAGAAGGAACUCGAGACCCUUGAGGAUCCUGACCUGCGUUCCCGCAUGUUGGCAGUGGACGAUUUCUUCCACCACGCGCUGCCAGACCUGCAGUCGUUGGUCAUUGUGAUGAUGAAAGUGAUGCUUACCAAUGUCCAGGACAUUGCUGUUCGCAAUGGUGGUGCUCAAGAAACAACGCAAACCGGUGGACUGAAUCGCACCAAGUCGAGUUCCAACAUGGCCCAGAACCAGACGCUGCCCAUGCCACCGCCGCCCCCGCGUCCUGACGAAAUGACACUGGAAGAUCUGGAUAAUGUCCGUUCUCGGGAGAUCAGUCAACAAGCAGUAUCUGGGGCUCUGUUUCUCCUGCUGAAGUGGCUCAAGGUGUCUCACGUGUUGAAGUUCGAAUACAUGACCCAGCUGCUCCUGGACUCUAAUUACGUGCAGCUCACGCUAAAAUACUUUGCGCAUCAGAACCUGGAGGACCUCGUGGCUUUCAGGUACGAUCGAGAUGAUCUGAGCGUCUGGCAUUAUUGUCACGUUCAUUCGGACCACCCACCGUUAUCUCCUACCAGCCCGGACGAGAGAUCGGAAGCUUCCGAGGGGGAUGAAGCCAUUCCGCCACCUAUCUCAAGGCAUAGGAGGUCGCCGACAGCUCGCUCUGAGGCCCAACCCACUAUCGACCAAAGCAAUCAACAACAAUCGAUCCAACCAAAUCCAGAUGCGCUCGCCCGACCCUCAGUCGACGAGCUUGGCAACCCGCUUGGCCCUCUCCCGACGAGUCCAAUCACCACUUACUCAUUUCGGCAAUUUCAAACCUCAAUCCACCUUCUUCGCGUUCUACAAAAGUUGACACGGGGAAAAUCUCACCGCAUCUUAUUUCUCGUUCAAUUCAAGUCUUCACAAAUAUUGCGCCGGGUUCUGCGCGUCCCAGAUCCGACCCUCCGAUUAUAUGUACUCAAGCUAUUCAAACUACAAGUCCCCUAUUGUGGUCGGAAAUGGCGGCAAAGCAAUAUGCGCGUCAUCACGGCAAUCUACCUACAUUGCCGGCCAGAACUGCGGGACGAGUGGCUGGCAGGGAUGCACGACGCCAACGUUGAGGGGGAGGUCGAUGAGGCGGUGCCGCUCGAGUGGGCGCUCAGAGGGCUUACUUUCUGGUGGCAGAAGAGGAGGUAUCCUGAUGUUGCUAGGAAAGGGAAGAAAGGGGCGGAUACAAAGGCGGAGGAUGAUGUUGAUGAGAAUGAAGUUCGGCUUGAUGAUAUUGACGAUGACGAACGUGAUUUCUUUCAACGCGAAUUGGAUGCUAUUGGAUGGGGCCUUGCAGGGUUGCGCAUGGCUGAUGGAUCUGAGGACGUCGUCUUUGGCGAAGAAGCCGGGAGCAUCAAUGGAGCCUAUUCUAUUGCUAACGGCGACACGAACAAUGUCAAUUCUGGAGGGACUGCCUCCGGCAGCGCAGGAGGAGGCACAGUUGCGGGUAUGGGACCACCCCAGACCCCAAUACCUCAGCCACAAUGGGUUGUUGCCGAUGCAGCCGCUCUGGACAAUUGGCAGAACAGUUAG